UAUAUAAUACUGUAGCACAAUCCACAAUGGCAGUUCACCAGAUGCUGCCGUAGGUAGGAGACAUACAUUCCUAAGUCGUAGACACACACACAUAUACUCCUCCAUAAUGGCGCCAAUAUCUGUAGCUGUGCUAUUACAAGCUGCGGCGGUGGCGGCGCUGAUGGCGAUGGCGGCGUUGCAGCUCUCAGCAGCAGCUGCUGCGGCUGCGGCUGCGGCUCCGCCACCACCAGCACCGGCGGCACCGAUGAUUGGGCAGCCCGGCUGCAGCACCAUCUGCGGCAACGUUAGCGUGCCGUACCCCUUCGGCUUUGGGCCCUCCCACUGCUACUGGCCGGGGCUGAACCUCACCUGCGACACCGGCGACAGCCACCACCCGCCGCGGCUGCUGCUCGGCGACGGCAGCCUCCGGGUGGCCGAGAUCUCUCUGAAGAAUCGAACCGUGCGUGUCAUGCGCGCCGGCUUGAUCAUAAACAUAACCGGCGACGACCUAUCUUUGCCGGGCUGGAAUGCCUCGCUCGAGUUCGGCCGUGGAUUCAGGGAGCACGGCUACCUGCUGUCGGCCCGGAACGAGCUCGCCGUCGGCGGGUGCAACGUGAUGGCGACGAUUUCCGCGGACAUCGUCGGAGAAGAAACCACCAAGAUCAUCAGCGGCUGUUCCUCCUUCUGCACCUACAGCGACCGCGGCGGCUUCAUAUAUCGCCACGACGAGGUAUCAAACAAGGUCUGCACCGGCACGUCGGGCUGCUGCCUGGCGCCGCUCAGUUCCGGCAGCGUGCCCGUGCCCGAUGGAGUACAGACAAGGUGGCUCUACGGUGGUAAUAACGACACCACAGUUGGGGAGUCGGUGAUGGUGUUCGUCGCGGAGCAGGGGUGGGUCGACAAGUUAAAGCAGGGGCCGGACACAUUUCAGGAGGUUCCGCUUCUCCUCGAUUUCGGGGUGAGGCAGGGCCUGCCGCCCCACAGCCAAGACAACAGUAUCUGCAGCCAAGAUGUACAACGCAUGGUCUGCAAGAGCGAGCACAGCCAAUGUUUUGCCCUGGACCCGGGCUAUGUGUGCCGAUGCAAGCAAGGUUACGACGGCAACCCUUACAUCGCCGGCGGGUGCCAAGAUAUCGACGAGUGCAAGUUGACUAGUGAAGAGAAAGUGUGCUUCGCUGUAUGCACAAACACGAUGGGGUCGUAUGAGUGCAUAUGCCCGCAAGGAACUUACGGUGAUCCCGGCGUCGAAGCUGGCUGCUUCUAUUAUAACUUCGACACAGAUGUGCGGUUGCCUACGGUGUCUCCGGUGCCGAGAGGGAUGCCCAAGACCAACUGCAGCACUAGCUGCGGCGACGUGAGCGUGCCGUACCCCUUCGGCUUUGGCCACUCCGGCUGCUACUGGCCGGGGCUCAACCUCACCUGCGACACCAGCCACAGUCCCCCGCGUCUGCUUCUCGCCGCCGACGGCACCCUCCAGGUCGUCCACAUCUCCUUGCGCAAAUCCACAGUUCACGUCAUCCAUCACAGGAUCCGGAGGGCCAGUGAUGUGACCACCGACGUCGAUCACACCGUGGCUUACGACGAUAUAAAGAGCGUCUCCGGCGAGCUUCUGGCUGACUUUGUCCUCCCAGACAUCGGCGAGCCCUAUGCGCUGUCGACGAGGAACGAGUUCAUCGUCAUCUCCGGGUGGGACUUGCGUGCCACCCUCCACGGGGAGCACAGGAACGGCAGCAACAACACCGACACUAUCAUCAGCCAAGCUGUCUGCAGCAGCUCCGGCGGCGGUGCUGGUGGGCCGCCGCCGGUCCCAACAGAGAGCCAAAGCGGGUACUGCUCCAGCGACGGUGGCUGCUGCCAUGCGCCCAUCAUCUCUGCAGGCAGCACGCCCAAGAGAGUGGAAUUCAAAGCGCUGAAUAAGACCGUGUUUCGCCAUCGUGGGAAUUGGUCGUGGAACUACGCGUUGGCAUUCGUCUCGGAGGUGGGGUUGGCUGAUCAGUGGCACGUCGUCUUCAACAGGGAUAGUUUCGUCUUUUACAUGUCAUCUCCCAUUGUUCUACAAUGGGCCGUUAAGAAAGGCUUGUCAGAGACACCUGCCGACAAGUCAGGGAAGUGCCCAAGGGACGUGGUCAGCCAUCUCUGCAAGAGUGAGAACAGCUACUGCCGGCAAGAGAAUGGAGGCUUUACGUGCCACUGCUCCAAGGGCUACUAUGGAAACCCUUACGUCGCCAAUGGAUGCCAAGAUGUUGACGAGUGUAAUCCGGAGCUACGCAAUCCGUGCUUGAGCGGCUACGACUGCAAAAAUUUGCCUGGACACUACAAGUGCCGGAGCCCACGAGGGUUAAUCAUUGUUUUGUCAGCUGUUAGCGGCCCGGCGCUCCUUCUUUUGGUUCUAGGUACAUUGUUCCUACUACGCAAGUUUAAACAGCACAGGACAAAAGUACUGAAACAAAAGUACUUCAAGCAAAACCGUGGACAACUGUUGCAACAGCUGGUGUCCCAAAAGGCAGACAUUGCAGAAAGGAUGAUAAUAUCAUUGGAUGAGAUUGUAAAGGCCACAAACAACUUUGACACAGCUCGUGAGAUUGGUGGUGGAGGGCAUGGUACUGUUUAUAAAGGAAUCCUAUCAGAUCUACAUGUCGUGGCCAUCAAAAAGUCAAAGAUUGCCAUACGGAAAGAAAUAGAUGAGUUCAUAAAUGAGGUAGCAAUCCUCUCACAGAUCAACCAUAAGAAUGUGGUCAAACUCUUUGGAUGUUGCCUAGAGACCGAGGUGCCAUUGUUGGUGUAUGAGUUUAUUCCCAAUGGGACCCUUUAUCACCACCUUCAUACUCAAGGACAAGAAAGGUCGCUGUCAUGGAGCAAUAGGUUGAGGAUCGCAACUGAAAUAGCUACUUCUCUUGCCUACCUUCACUCGUCAGUUUCCAUCCCAAUAAUCCAUAGAGACAUCAAAUCUAGUAACAUACUUCUUGAUGAUACAAUGACCUCAAAGGUAUCCGACUUUGGAGCUUCGAGGUACAUUCCAAUAGACAACACAGAGUUGACAACAAGGAUACAGGGAACAUUUGGAUACUUGGAUCCAGAGUGCUUUUACACUGGUCGCCUUACCGAUAAAAGUGAUGUUUAUAGCUUCGGUGUAAUUCUCGUGGAGCUACUCACUAGGAAGAAACCAACUUGUUCACAUUUGUCCAAUGAAGGUGGUGGUCUUGUUCCUCAUUUUGUUAAUCUGCUUGCCUCUGGAAAUCUUGACCAGAUUAUGGAUCCACAAGUUCUAGAAGAAGGAGGCAAAGAAGUACAAGAAGUUGCUAUGCUUGCAGCAUCCUGUAUAAACUUAAGAGGUGAAGAAAGGCCAACGAUGCGACAGGUUGAACUUACACUAGAAGGACUUCAACAAGGUUCCAACAAAAAGUACAAGAAAGAUGAUAGAGUAACUGAGGAAUUUGAGAUUGGUAGCAUUAGGGACAACUAUUCAUCGGGGACUAGUGAAGGGCAGAGAUUUGAGGAAUCUAGUAGAAGAUAUAGUUUGGAGCAAGAGAUGAUGAUAUCAGCAAGGUAUCCUAGAUAACAUAUCUCUGUGUCGUGUUUAUUAGCACAAGGGAUUAGUUAACUUUGCCUACUAGUAUUUUUAUGCUUGAUGAUUCAACUAGAUCGUCUGUUUGUAUCAGUACCUUUGCUUUGUGUUCACAUGA